AUGAUAUUUUCGACGUUAACCAAUUACAUAUCGGCAAGGUCUUGGACCUACAUCUGGUUUCUCUGGCUUGCUUUGGUUAUUAUAUUCUUCUUAUUCAUUCGCUCUGCUCCGGCUAAAAUGAGUGAAUCGUUGGAAAAUGUGAAUGUUUUAUCCUCAGGUAAGACUUGCCCUUUAAACAGAGUAUAUGCGUGUAUCUCAGCUUCUUCAUAUUUUUACAACCUUACGCCCAAGUUUUACGUUGCUUUGACAGGAACAUCAAGUUUAGUGUCAGGAAUUAUUUUGAUAUUCGAGUGGUGGUUCAGUAGCAGUGUCGAUACAACCAGUGAAGACGGCAGUGACAAUGAGGACGCUACUGAGAGCUCAAAACCCAUAGCAGAAUGCAAAGUAUGGCGCAAUCCCAUGGCUUUGUUCAGGGGUGCUGAGUACAACAGAUUCAAAUCUAUAGUUUUCCUCGACCCAUUAACAUUUCAUGACAUGAAUUUGUCUGCGCAGGAUCAUCAGAGUUUCUUCACUUGUGAAGAGGAUGUGAAUAGACCUGAUUAUGACAUUAUGAAUGUUGCGUUUCGAGAACGUGAUAGUGACGCUCGUAUAACAGCGGCCAAGGAAGCUUUAAGAAUAAACGAGGACUGUGCUCCAGCUCUUGUUUUACUGGCCGAAGAAGAAUGUCCCACUAUUGCAGAAGCAGAGAUUAUGUUGAAACGAGCAUUACGUGCUACUGAACUCAGCCUAAGUUCCAUACAAGGAAGUCAACUAGUAGCGCAUGAGAAGUUUUCUUUAGACUCUUAUCAAAGACAAGGAGCUCGAAGGCGAGAUUUGAAUAUGCUAAUGUAUAUAAGACGCCGGUUAGCUAUGUGUGCCAGAAAACAAGGGAGGUCGAGAGAUUCAAUCAAAACUUUCAAAGAGAUCAUUCGAGAAGGGUCAAUGAGUAAUGUGUUGGGUGUGCAGGAGAACUUGGUUGAAUCAUGUUUAGAAGUUCAAGCUUACGCUGAUGUUCAAGGGUUACUUGUGAGAUAUGAUGAUAUUCGGGAACCUCGAUCAGCUGUGAUGAGUUAUACUUCUGCUUUAUUAAAGGCGAGAGCUGUUGUUGAUAAAUUUGUUUUCGAUCCAUGUCAAAGGCGUGGUCUGACUUCUGGGGAAAUAACAGCGAUAGAAGCCAUUAUAAGAGCUAUCGAAUACAAUCCUCAUGUUCCUAUUUAUCUUCUAGAGCAACAAUCGAUGAUAUUGCCUCCCGAACACUACUUAAAGCGAGGAGAUUCUGAAGCUAUUUCAUAUGCGUUUGCUCAUAUCCAGCAUUGGAAAAGAAUUGAUGGAGCUCUUCAACUGUUAGAAGCUGUAUGGAAAGGAGAGUUUUCGGAUUACACAUCGAGGUUUCCUAUUGGGGGUUUCUGCUAUCCGUAUUCAAACUAUAUUGAAAUGGGUGAUCGAGAACUAUUACCAUGUUGGCAUGAAGUUUCAAUCUUUCCCAAAAAGGAAUCGACAUUCUGGUCCGUGAUUCAAACAUGUUGUUGUAUUUUCAUUGGUCUCUUGGCCAUUCUGAUUCAUUAUUAUCCUAGCAAUGCCAGUGACAUUUACUCGACGUUCCUCAUUGUUUCGAAGACUUUGUUAUCAUACAGUCUGAACUUCUUGCAAAGCUGGAUUCCAGAAAACGUAAUAGGAUUGCUAUCUUCACGGCCACAACCUUCUCCCCAUCGAGAAAUUAAUUAA